AAUCAACUCAAAUAAUCCACACCAUCUGCAGUUUCUACAUGGCUCAACAGGAAGAGGGGGGAUGGCCUUUGGGACUGCAGCCUUUGAAUGUGAGAGCAAGAAACCAUGAUUUCUCAGGAUCAAUCUCAUGCAACACUUUGCUCAGUGGCUCUCCUACUUUAACCUCAGAUUCUUCUUCAGAUUUAGAUACACAGUCCACAGGGUCUUUCUUCCAUGACAAGAGCAUCACACUUGGAAACCUCUUGGGUGUUUCAAGCAUUAUAGAGCUAUCAAGAAGAUCUUUAAGAGGUGGAAGAAGAGUCCUUUCGGAAACCAUAACGUUGGGAAAUAAUAGAAGAUCAAACCCGAAACCAAAAACUUGGUGUUUUAAUUUAUGUUUAUGCCCAAGAGAUAAUGUUGAGGUGGAUAUUGCUAGAAACAACACUGUACCCCUUGGACAUUUUCUUGAAGUGGAAAGAAGAACUGCACAUGAACAGAGACGAGGUCAUCAUGGUCCAUUGAUUUAUGGUCCUGAUGAGAUCGCGUUGGCUCAACCUUUUGGAGAGCUAUCGAAUUCGUUGUUUGUGGAUGGGCGAAUUGCACCUCCGACCCACUCAAGUCCUUGGUCAGGUUCAGAAUCUAAUGGAAGAAAAGAGGGUAGAAGAAAGAGAACUCCAUGUUUUUGAAAUUUCAUUUACUUUUCAUUUUAAUCUUUGUUACUUGAAAUGUUGGGUUCAUAACUUGCAUAUUUGCUAUUCCUAAAGUUGUUUGAUGUGUAGAAGGUUGAAGAUGUUUUGAGUUUAAAUCUCUUAAUUAAUUU